CCCGAGCGAAGUCGACGGUGUCAUUUUAGUUUACCAACGAUCACUGCACCUGAACCUUGCCGCAACGCAAAUACAAACUGGUCAACACUUCCUUCCCUGAGCUUCACCGCGGUGCCGAGGGAUACUAGUGCAACGUUUACACACGCUAAAGCAGCAUGCAGUCACAGGAGGCGAAUGACACGCUUUCUGAGAGUCCGAUUGUCUAGGAGCGUCAACAAUCGCUUUCGGGCUUCGGCUAGCGAGCAGGAAUGGCGGGGAAGGACUCUAAGCGCCGGUACAUCAACUACCGGGUCGACGCGUACCUGACGACGAAGUUAAUCUCUCGAGGAAAGCAGCAGAAGCCUCGCGAGUGCUGUGGCAGCAGUGAAGCGUGGCUGAGAUUUUUCAAUCACAUCAAAUUCUGUGUUGUUUGCUGCGCGUCCUUGACUCAAGCGACGGCGCCAUGGAUGCUCUGUGCCGGCGAGGUGUCGGCAGUUCUGCUCAUAUACUUCCUGGCCACGUCCCGGUCGUUGGUCCUUCACCAGCGCCACUUCUCGUUCACGCGGAGCCUCGAGGACGUGGUCGGCAUCUGCUGCACGCGCGCAGCCAUACUGAGCCUAUCUUAUGCCAUCGGCCAACGCUAUGUGCACAGGCCUUACCUUUACGUAUCGUACCUGCUGGCAGCGCUGUGCCUGCCGUACAUAGUGGUGAAGACCAUUAUGUUCCGCUACGGGCCGGACGGUGUCGCUGCGGCGUUCCUGCUUUCCAUUGCCGGACUGUGCAGCAUUGGGCACGUGCUGGCCGCCAGGCGGACUGUGGAGUGGGCACGGCGGCGUUAUCAGAUGGGGCUGGCGGGCUUCGGCAUGCCGUGGGAGGAGGGCGAGGACGCCUGGGUGAUGCUGCGGCGGCCGGACCUGGAGGACAUGACUAAGACCAGCGACGGCGGGGGCCCGGACAGCAGUGAGGACGUGCCGGCAGAGAUGCUCGCGGACGACGACUCCAAGUUUGUGGAGCUGGAGCCGGGCCUUAAGGUGCACUACAAGGAAGUGGCGCCAUCGGCAGCGGCUGGUGCAUCGGGGCUCGGCGGGCCCAACGGCGCCACCACGGGCAUUGUGCUUGUGCACGGGUUCGGUGGCGGCGUGUUUGCAUGGCGGCACGUGAUGGAGGCGCUGGCGAUGCAAUGUCAUUGCCGCGUCAUAGCGUUCGACAGGCCAGCAUUUGGUCUGACGUCCCGGCCAAAGGCAACGGACCAGAACAACCCUUACACGAUGGCCUCGCAAUCGCAGCUCGUCCUGCAGCUCUGCUCGGCGUUGGGGCUCCGGCAGGUGGUGCUGGUGGCGCACGCCGACGGCUGCUUGGUCACGUUGCGGGCAGCAGCCACCUCUGCCAACUACUACCAGCAGCAGGGCCUGUACCUGCAGCCGACCAUGGGGCUCGGCGGGCAGCAGUGCGGCGGCGGCAGCAGGUGUGGCGCGCCGGACCCGGCGCGGAGCCCCCCUACAUCCGCGGACUCCUCGCCCAAGUUCACCUCGGGGUCGCCGGGCUCCCCCGGCCUGGAUCAGUACCAGGGGACAGGGCAGGCCGGCGGCUCGCAGGGUCAGCACGGCAUAUCACUGGGUGCAUCGCCGGGCAUACCAGCUCCGCAGCGGACCCUAAGCGGCGGAGGCUCCGGUGCGCUCUCGGCUGCGGCGUUUGCCGCAGCCGCUGCGGCGGGCGGCGAGUCCGGCCUCUCUGGGCACCAGUUGGGGGCGGGCAGUGGCAUUGCACCCACCUUGCCGCAGUCGACGGCGGCGCUGGACUGGGAGCGGGAAGGCGGUCGGGCCGUGGUGGCGGCAGCAGAUGUUGCUGUCCGGUCAGGGAAUAGCAGCAUACAUAUCGGCGCGCCCGCUGCUGGGCCAGGCUCAGCGAUUGCCAGCCGGGGCGCAUCGCAACACCACAUCAGUCUUGCCAUGCCGCCCGCCUCACACCACGUGCUGCCGGGCGGGGCUGUGAGCGCUGGCAGCGCGCACGUGCACCAUCCCAGCGCGGCGGCGGCGUGCUGCGUGACGCUGGCCGACAUUGAGUCGGUGUCCGGGCGGGGCGACGCGGGCUCGGAGCUGGACCGCGCGUCCGCCACUAGCACCUCGAUCACCACCACGCUAGCGACGCAGGCACACCACCGGCGGGCACAGUCAGUGCCAGGGCCGGUCAGCGGGGGCCAAGGGCCCUGCAACCGCAACGCGGACGGCUGGGAGACGUGCAGCUGCGGCGCCGGGCCCAGCAGCUCCCGAGCGCCGCCCUUCGUGCUUGGGCUGGUGCUGCUGCACCCCAACCUCAGCGGCGUCAUUGGGCCGGCGUUCGGGCGCAUCCUGGCGCGCUCCACGCUCGGCCGCUCCAUCCUGCGACCGCUGCUGCGCACCGAGGUGGGCGAGAUCGCCAACCGGCGCGCCUGGCACAACACCGACAAGCUGACGUCGGAAGUGCUGGAGCUCUACAAGACGCCGCUGCGGGUGGAGGGCUGGGACGCGGCGCUGAUUGAGACGACACGGCAGCGCAAGGACUCGUGCCAGGGAGAUCUGGCCGCGUACUGCAACUCGGUGCAGCCCAUCCCCACGCUCGUCGCCACAGGCGAGCACGACCGCAUCAUGCCGCCAUGCAAGACGGAGUCGCUGGCCUCGGACCUGCCGCACGCGCGGUUGGCGGUGCUGCACGACUGUGGCCACCUCUCGCACGAGGAGGCGCCCAGCGCUCUGCUGGAGCAGCUGGUGCCGUUCUGCGGCGAGGUGCUGUGCCACCCGCCCGUCGUGAUGGGCGGCGCGCUGGCGCCGUUCCUGCGGACAUGAGGGAUUGGGCGCCGCGCCCUGCCCUGCCCUGCCAAGUGAGCGGUCAGGGGCAGGGAGCGAGAGAGGGCCGUGGCCAAUGGCGUGGGCUUGGCGACUGACGUACGGGCUACGGUGGGCAACGAAGGGAUGGCGGUUGCUGGUUGGCCGGGAACGAGGCUGGAGCCUGAAGUGGGUGUGGAGUGACGGGUCUGAGAUUUGAGCGGCAGGUUUGCGUGGUGGAGCGGAGGAGUACAGCCAGGUCGCCGAUGCUUAGCCAGGCGCAAGGACCGGCGCACUAGAGUUAGUUAACUUGACUAAACGCUGUGCUCUUGCGUAUGUGUGCGUUGCUCUUGGGUGGAUUCAUCAACCGUGGGCAAAUUUACGUUCUUAAAUCUUUGGGAUUAUAGUUGCUGUGCAGGGAAUACGCGUGGGGAAUACGCUAAUGCACAUUACGGACUGUACAGAAUGACACAGGAACUGCUCAACUAUAGGAGCUGCCCUGGCAGUGGGUGUUGGACAGGUAGGACCUUGGGUAGGACAGACGCACACGUGCUUGGUAUCUCCGGACAACGGCGCGAGCCACGGAUGGCCCUAAUACUGUGGGGGCAUGUCGCACCCGUGUAGGGCACUGCAGUAACAAAGAACAAGUUCGUUGUAACUUGUGAGCCAC